AUGGUGGACUGCACCCCUGAACCGUGCUCCCUUGACCUCCCCACCAUGGCAGACUGCACCCCUGAACCGUGCUCCCUUGACCUCCCCACCAUGGUGGACUGCACCCCUGAACCGUGCUCCCUUGACCUCCCCACCAUGGCAAACACCAUGGCAGACUGCACCCCUGAACCGUGCUCCCUUGACCUCCCCACCAUGGCGGACUGCACCCCUGCACCGUGCUCCCUUGACCUCCCCACCAUGGUGGACUGCACCCCUGAACCGUGCUCCCUUGACCUCCCCACCAUGGUGGACUGCACCCCUGAACUGUGCUCCCUUGACUUCCCCACCAUGGUGGACUGCACCCCUGCACCGUGCUCCCUUGACCUCCCCACCAUGGCAGACUGCACCCCUGCACCGUGCUCCCUUGACCUCCCCACCAUGGCGGACUGCACCCCUGCACCGUGCUCCCUUGACCUCCCCACCAUGGCAGACUGCACCCCUGAACUGUGA